GCAUAUACGAUCGACAUGUAUAAAACACAGACAGAUAUCGGUGAGUAUGGCAUAGCCAGCUGCUAUAAUGUCGCGCGACAACGAUGAUAUUGAGAUGGGGGAGUAUCUGGUGGAUAGAGUGCCUACGGGAAAGGUGGUCAGGGGUGAUAGGAAUAUCACCUUCCUGCGCUGGCGUGUGGUCUUGGGCACAUUUAUGGGGUAUAUAUUAAUCUACGCAUUACGAAAGCCACUGAGUUUAGCCAAAAGUGACAUGGCUCUCGAAUUGACCCUCUCUCCGACAGACUUAGGCUUGUUAGACACAGCUUUCUUAUUACCAUAUGGUCUGUGUGCGAUCUUCUUCAGUGGACUAGGCGAUGUGCACGGUGCCAACAACGUAGCAUCCUUAGCGAUGAUCGGUGCUGCCCUAUGCUAUGCCACGAUAGGGGCUCUAAGUAGUCUCUUUCCCAUCUUGCUGGCCAGUUUUUUUAAUGGAGCCUUCCAAGCUGUGAUUUGGCCCAAUUUAGUCAAGUGCGUGUCGCUUUGGCUUAGCUCUUCCAGUUCAAAUGUAUAUGGUCUGUGGUCUGCCUCUCCUUUCAUAGGCGCGGCUAUAUCCACGUGGGUGGGGGCCUGGAUCAUUG